GUUAACCGACACCUUCAAGAUGGUGACCUACUAGUCAUGAAUCGGCAGCCAACUCUUCAUCGUCCCUCCAUGCAGGCUCACCGAGUCCGUAUAAUUCGUUCUCCCGGCGCAAAAACUUUGCGUCUCCACUACGCCAUCUGCAAAGCCUACAACGCUGAUUUUGACGGCGACGAGAUGAACGGCCACUUUCCUCAAACAUUCCAGGCGAAAGCAGAACUUGCGCAUCUCGCUGCUGUGCCCUACCAAUAUCUUGCGCCCAAGGACGGCUCUCCGCUCGGCGGUCUUAUUCAGGAUCACGUCAUCGCUGCUGUCAAACUGACCAUGAGAGACAGAUUUUUUGAACGUGAGGAGUAUCUGGACCUAGUCUAUAGCGCUCUUUACGCCUCUAUCGGCGAGGCCGGCUCCCUACCGGAUAUCAUUCUCUUGAAACCCGCAAUCCUAUGGCCGACGCGUCUUUGGACAGGCAAACAGGCAAGUCUGGAUCCCUACAUCAACUCCCAUGCAUUUUACGCAGACGAGCCUAACCCCCCGCGGAGGACAAUCGUUCUCCCCCCGUUUUCGUUUUUUCCCUUGCCGAUGUGA